GCAAGAUGUUUGAAUGACACCGGCUCUCCAAUGUUUGGUCCUCCUCACAUUCUGCAGUGUGAAGUAACCCUCAGUGACAUUCAAGGAAAUAUCUCUAGCAGUUCAGGUGAUUUACUACAGUUAGCCUUCAGUACUCAGAUCCUGACCAACCAAAAACAUCAGCUGUCAGCUGACAACAUCACCACAGCAGCUCAGAUCGCUAACACACUGCUUAAGUCUGCAAAAAUCACACAGGACAUCGCAGUGGCAGCUGUAACCACCAUCAGUCAGCUGCUGAAUGCCAGUGAGGAGAGUACACAGGAGAGAGACGCUGUCCAGAGCCUCACAGAGACCCUGGAGAAAUUUUCCUUGGACCAGCACAAUCAUGUGUCCUUGGUGGUUCAGCCCAACCUGGCAGUCCAGUCUGUCCAAGUACCAAGUGACACAGUAGGGAUCCAGUUUACUGCUCUAACUGGAAGUUCUGGUAAUUUUGUGGCCGACAGAAUUAAUCUCAACAUCAAUACCUCUGAACUGAUAGCUGACAAAGGAGGUUCUACCGAUGUCCAGAUUGUUAUCAAAUUCCCUCCAGUUUUACGUAGUAAAAACACAAACCACUCCAUUGGUUUUGUGCUCUACCAAAACGACCGGUUCUUCAGGUCCAGGGCUUUCAGAGCUUCUUUAGGCACCAGCAGGAGGGUCAUCUCUGCUAACCUGGGACAAGUGUCUGGGUUACAUGUUGAGAUGCUCUUCAAGCCCACAACUGUCCCCAACGCCUCCCUCUAUGACUUUGCCUGCGUGUGGUGGAACUACACGUUGAAAGACUGGAGCACCUUUGGCUGCUCCAAAGUCAACCACUCAGAAGACGGCCUGCGUUGUUUCUGUAAUCACACCACUAACUUUGCUGUGCUGAUGUCGUACAGGAAGGAUUUUAAAUACGCUGAAGCGCUAAACUGGAUCACCAUAUUGGGAUGCUCCAUGUCCAUCAUAGGGUUGAGUUUAACAAUAACAUUCCAGAUCGCAACCAGGAAAUCACGCAAAACCAACCCAACAGUUCUCUUAGUGAGCGUCUGCAUGUGUCUCCUGAUCUUCACCCUCCUCUUCAUGUUGGGAGUGGACAACCCUCAUAAACAGCUGGACAAACCUGAAAUACAGGAGGACAACGUUCUCCCCCCGUCCGACAAACACACAGAGCAGGACAGGGGGCCCUGUACUGCAGUGGCAGUCCUGCUGCAGUACUUCCUGUUGGGGACAUUCACCUGGAACACGCUGUACGCCACACAUGUCUUCCUGAUGAUCAGAAACAGCCUGGCCACCAGCCCGUCACACUUCACAGCCUAUACCAUGGCCAUCGGAUGGGGACUGCCUGCGGUUGUGGUGGCCGUCACCUUAGGAAUUAGUUACAGAGUGGAUGAUCCACUGGGUUACAGGCAGGAGGAAUUUUGCUGGCUUGCAGCCCUCGAUCCAAAGGGGAACUUUGAUUUCAAGCUGCCAAUGUUUUGGGGGUUCCUGAUACCUGUGGCGUUCAUGCUUAUCUUCAACACAGUGAUGUUGGUAUAUUUUGCAGUUACAACAGGCAAGACCAACCCACAUUUAACCAGUACAAGACACACAUCGAUGAAGAAGAAGUUCCUCAGUAGCUUCUCUCUGGCUGUGGUGCUCGGUCUCUCCUGGAUCCUGGGCUAUCUGUUGCUCAUUACACAGAACCAGACCAUGUACACCAUACUCAACAUCUCCUUCUGUGUACUCACCACCACUCAGGGCUUGCAGAUUUUCAUUUUGUUCACAGCGAGAACAGCAAUUUUGUUUGUCCAGGGCUUUCAGAGCUUCUUUAGGCACCAGCAGGAGGGUCAUCUCUGCUAA